AUGGAAGGAUCAUAUCCCCUGCAAGCACGCAACACAGUACGCCGCCAUCGCGAGCGAGCCAAGUACGACUUCGAGACGGUCCAUUCUAUCGUGAACGCGUCACCCAUCCUCCACGUGUCGUUUCUGCCUACGAACCGGGACGAUGAUCCCUUUCCAACCAUCCUUCCCAUGAUUGGCUACAUGGGCUCAUUUGAUGGCUCGUCGAUGGGAGCCCUCGAUCUAUAUCUUCAUGGCCACAGUGCCUCGCGUGUCAUGCGCUUAGCCGGCAAUGACAGACCGGAGGGAAUCCCCGUCUGCGUCGCCGCGACCCUGCUCGACGGCAUCAAGCUCUCGCUAACGCCCUUCAACAACAGCUGCAACUACCGCAGUGUUGUGCUGCACGGCUAUGCAUCGAUUGUGACGGUUGAAGCAGAGAAAGAAUGGGCCCUUCGCCUCAUUACGGACGGCUUGGUCCCGGGGUGUUGGGACAAUUCCCGCGUGCCUCCUACGCGUGCCGAGAAUCUGAGCACGUCAGUUCUCAGGGUUCACGUCGCCAGCGCCAGCGCCAAAAUAAACCAAGGUGGGCCUUCUGAUGACAGGAAAGACCUUCAAGACGAUGAGGUUACUGGCAGAGUGUGGACGGGGACACUUCCUGUCUGGGAGUCUGUUGGGACACCCGUUCCAAGCAUUACGAACAAAGUGGCCCAGGUUCCGGAGUACGUGGUUCAGUGGCGACAGAAUCACAAUGCGGAUAACGAGUUGUACGCUCGGGAAGCCCUUGAGAAAGGUAAAUAG